UAACGGACAGCUAACCUUCCAUUUCUGCACGUCUCUUCUUAUAACUUCCCUCCAUCUUAUUCGACUUUAUUGAUGGUCUUUCCACUAUCUUUUUAUCCUCCACCAUUUUCAUUUUUCAUUUCCAAACCAGUUUUCUUUUUCUUUCACAGACUAUGAAACUGCAAUAAAUCUUUUGGGUUUCUCAGAUUGAAAGCCGCAUUGUUGAACAAUGAAUCAAACUACUUCCAAAUCAAAUGUGAAGGCUGGAAAGCAGCCAUUACCCAAGUUACAUAAGAACACAGACUUGCAUUCCAUGCGCAGAAAGAAGAGGGCGAAGAAAGUUGCAGAGACAUUCAAGGCUUACAUAUUCAAGGUUUUAAAGCAGGUCCAUCCUGAUACAGGGAUUUCUUCAAAGGCAAUGGGUAUCAUGAAUUCUUUUGUGAAUGAUAUCUUUGAGAAGCUUGCUUCAGAGGCAUGCAGGCUUGCAACUUAUAACAACAAACCUACUGUUACUUCAAGAGAGAUUCAGACUGCUGCAAGGUUGAUCUUCCCAGGGGAGCUUGCAAAGCAUGCAGUGUCUGAGGGCACAAAGGCUGUUACAAAGUUUACAUGCACUUAAGAGUAGCUGGUAAGGAGUUUUGCAAGAUUUGGGUUUUGUGCAUUUCAAUUGAUUAGAUGCUUGAAAUGCAUUUAGGUUAGGUUUGGAGUAGAGAUGGUUGUGAUGGUUUAAGGGGCUUCAAUCUUGAGCUCUGAAUUUUUCUGAGGGAUUAGAUUGGUUGAAUCUUUUUGAAGUGUGACUGGGAUUAUAUUAAAUCUUUUGUUAUGGGUAGCCUUAAGGAUGACUCUGAUCUGUUUAAGAGGUUUCAAUCUUGAGUCUUGAAUUUUUUGAGGGAGUAAAUUGUUUGAAUCUUUUAGAAGUGAUUGGAAAGAUAACUAUUUUUUUCUGAUAAUCUUAAAAGACAC